AUGGACUCUGACGAUGAGUUCAUGAGCGACGUCUCUAGCCAGGAUGAUUUUUUAGGUACCCAGGGAUCUGAUGACGAGAGCUUAGGUGAAGAUUUCGAUGAUCUCGACGCCGGGUUUUCGGACGAUAAAGACCUUAUUAAACAUAAAAAGAAGCCAUACGAAGUCGAAUACAAGGUUCUCGAUCCUCACGAUAUCGAUCAAGAACAGCUUGGUCAGGUCAACGAGGUUUGCGCCAUCCUUGGGCUACCACCUGAGUCGGUGGCGAUCUUGUUGCGGUUCGGCCGGUGGAACAAGGAAAAGUUGAUUGAGUCUUAUAUGGAGCACCCCGAGGAAACGCUAGAGGAGGCUGGUCUUGGGUCGAAUUUCGAGGGGACCGCAAAGACUGAGAUCGUCCCAGGAUUUAUGUGUGACAUUUGCUGCGAGGACCGUGACGACCUCGAGACGUAUGCCAUGCGUUGUGGUCACCGAUAUUGCGUCGACUGCUAUCGGCACUACCUGGGGCAGAAAAUCAAGGAGGAAGGAGAGGCUGCCCGAAUUCAGUGUCCAGGUGAUGGCUGCAAUCGCAUCGUGGACUCCAAGUCUUUGGAUUUGCUUGUGACAAAGGACCUUCAAGGAAGAUACCGCGAACUUCUCACUCGGACCUACGUUGACGAUAAAGAAAACCUCAAAUGGUGUCCAGCACCAAAUUGCCAAUAUGCCAUUGACUGCGGGGUAAAGAACCGUGAUCUCCGUCGCAUAGUUCCAACUGUGCGAUGUUUUUGUAAGCAUGAGUUCUGCUUUGGUUGUUCCCUCAGCGACCACCAGCCCGCUCCAUGCACGCUGGUCAAAAUGUGGCUACAGAAAUGUGAAGAUGACUCUGAGACAGCCAACUGGAUCUCAGCAAACACCAAAGAGUGCACUAAGUGUAAUUCGACGAUUGAGAAGAAUGGAGGCUGUAACCACAUGACUUGCCGUAAGUGCAAGUACGAGUUCUGCUGGAUGUGCAUGGGUCUCUGGUCCGAGCAUGGCACGAGCUGGUAUAACUGCAACCGGUACGAAGAAAAGUCAGGCGCAGACGCUCGCAGUGCUCAAGCCAAAUCACGUUCCUCCUUGGAGCGCUACCUGCAUUACUAUAAUCGGUAUGCGAACCAUGAGCAGUCUGCCAAGCUCGACAAGGACCUGUACCUGAAGACCGAAAAGAAGAUGACCAGCCUUCAGUCGCAGUCUGGUCUGUCCUGGAUUGAGGUGCAGUUCCUAGAUACCGCGUCGCAGGCCCUGCAGCAGUGCCGCCAGACCUUGAAGUGGACCUAUGCCUUUGCAUUUUACCUUGCUCGCAAUAACCUGACUGAGAUAUUCGAGGAUAAUCAGAAGGAUCUGGAGAUGGCUGUUGAGAGUCUCAGUGAGAUGUUCGAGAAGCCAGUUGCCGAUUUAGCAGAACUGAAAGUCGAUAUCCUGGAUAAAACUGCUUAUUGCAACAAGCGCCGGGUGAUCUUAUUAAGCGAUACUGCUGAGAACUUGAAGAAUGGAGAGUGGUCGUUUAACAUUGAUUGGUAA